AUGGGCCUCAAGAGGCCAGGGGCCGUAACAGCUCUGAAGCUGGCUUACCUGGGCUGGGCCUACCAGGGCUUCGCUGUUCAGGACAACACGGACAACACGGUGGAGGCCAGGCUGUUUGAAGCGCUGCUGAAGACACGACUGAUUCAGGACCGACAGAGCUCCAACUAUCACCGCUGUGGUCGAACUGAUAAAGGAGUCAGUGCUUUUUCUCAAGUUAUAACCAUUGACCUGCGCUCCUCCCAGUUUUGUGGAGGACUUGGCGUAACCCUCCCUGAAAAUCUCGAUCUCGGCACCAAAUCAAAAGCUUCCACCUCUGAGCUUCCAUACGUGAAGAUGCUGAAUAGAGUUUUGCCGCAGGACAUUCGGAUCUUGGACUGGGCAGCCGCAGAGCAAGGUUUCAGUGCGCGUUUCGACUGCCAGUCCCGCACGUACCGCUACUACUUCCCCCGAGGGUCGUUGGAUGUAGAGCUGAUGGGAAAUGCUGCAAAACGAUACGAAGGAACGCAUGACUUUCGCAACCUGUGCAAAAUGGACGUGGGGAACGGGGUCCUGCAGUUUGAGAGGACCAUCUUGUCUGCCUCAGUCAGGCCUUUGCAGCCCCAGCAGGUUUCCAGCACAGAGCAAUAUGAUCUGUUUGUGUUUGAGAUCAAAGGUUUAGCCUUCCUUUACCACCAGGUACGUUGCAUGAUGGCGGUGCUUCUUUUGAUAGGACAGAAGCUGGAAGCUCUGGAGAUAAUCAAUCAACUGCUGGAUGUUGAAAAAACCCCCAGAAAGCCUCAAUACAGCAUGGCAGUGGACUACCCUCUGGUUCUGUACGACUGCCACUUCGAUGGUUUAACCUGGCAGCAGGAGGCGGAGGAGGUUAGCCACGUCCUGUCGUCACUACAGCGACACUGGACGCAGAGCGCUGUCAAAGCCCAGGUUCUGCUCGGGAUGAUCCGGGGUUUGGAGGAGAGAGGUGAGGAGUUCUGUUGCUUGGUAUAA